AUGGAGGAACUACUGCGACAACAUCUGUCAGUAGCACCUUCCGUGGCCAGUGCUCCCUUAGAUCCUAAUGCACCCCGAACGGUUCCUGUUGGCGAUGACAAGAACCCCCAAAAUGCUGGCCCUCAAACAUCAGGGAAUGGCAAGCAACCAGAAGGAGCUCGCCCAGUUGGUGGAAAUGGAGGCAAGCAACCGGAGGACGCCGGCCCAGUGCAGGGAAACAGUGGCAGGCGACCGGUAGGAGCUGCUCCAGUAGGAGGGAAUGGUGGAAAUCAACCUCCCCGAAACCCACCAAGAGGUAACCUUGGGGUAGAUCCAGAACCUUCCGACGACAAUGACGACGAUAACAGCGAAUGGUCGCACGGUCGGAAGAAUUGGAGAAUGAACCGAGGCGGGAACCGAAAUUCGGAGCCGCCUGAGGACGACGAUAUGGUAGAUUCGCUCGCCAAAAUACCCUUUGAGUUCGAUAAUGCCCGAAAGCAUAACCUGCGGCAUUGGCUCAUGGAGUGCGAGAUCUACUUCGAGCAGAAGCCGAAGAAGUUCCGAACGGACAGAAAUAAGGUACUGUUCACAGGAACAUAUAAGUGUGGUUUGGCAAAGGAAUGGUUUAUGGAAUAUAUCGAGAUCAAGAUGCUAGUUCCGGCAGCCGCGGACUACGCCACUUGGACUCGGUUCCGUCAGGAGAUCAGAAAACGCUUCUUAAGUACUCAGGAAGCUAUGGAAAACGCGAUGAAGAUGCAGCAGUUUAAAUACUCGGCUAACAUCGGCGACUACCUGACGAGGAUGGAGAUAAUGAACCAACAUGCCCAGAUGAAAGGGGCAUCAUAUCGCGCUGCCCUGCUCCAAGGGUUACCAAAUGAAAUCCGAGAGCGCCACUCACGCUUCGAUCCAACCGACGACGACUCCGAGUAUAUCCAACAGUUGGAAGGAGCCGGCAAGGCUCACGAGGCUUAUCAAGAGCAGAUGAAGAUGUUGGGGAAGGCGGAGUCGAGAGGAAGGGAGUCGAGUAAUGGUGGGAACUCGCGGCAGAAGGAGAAGGUGUAA